GGCUGAUUCAUCACGCCGCAAUCCAUCGGUUCGCUCCUGUCUGGUUUCCGUUUUCCAUUCGGUCCAACUUACCCAAUCUACCACACCGCCGUCCCCUUUUAGUUCUACUGUACCUACCUUAAUAAUACAGCAAUCCUGUCCCGGCCCGUUGUUCCUGCAUAAAGUGAGAGGUACCUACCCGCCUUGUGAACGUUCACUAAACUCAGGUACUCGGGUAUAAGACGACGACGAACUUCGCCAAAAAGAGAAAACCAAAACGGUCCGACUUGGCGAGGCGAAACCAAAAAACGUAUUAAAAAUCAAGCAUUAUUGAAGAACAUCGCCAGUGACCUACGCCCAGCGUUGCUUGGAAGGAAGUAAUAAGAUCGCGUGGACAGUGGCCGUAACAUAUCUCAUCUCAUCUCAACUCAACCAACCAACCACCUCUUGACGAAAUCCCCCCAAGAGAGAGAGGGAGAGAGAGAAAAACAAAAGUACAUACGGCAAAUCACAUCUCCAGACCACCCAUCAUGCGCCUCUCCUCUCCCACCUCUCCAACUCUCCUCGCCCUAGCCGCAACAGCAGCUUCGGCCUUGAACCUCUUCGUAGCCGACUACAGCGGCUCCAUCACCACCCUAUCCCUCAGCGAAUCCAACAGCUCCUACACCCUCGACAAAACCUUUGAAACCACCGCCUGUGGACCCAGUCCCGCCUGGCUCACCCUCGACGUCAACCGCGGUCUCCUCUUCUGCGUCAACGAAGGCAUCACCACCCCCAACGGCUCCCUCUCCUCCUUCACCAUCAACGCCAAUGGCAGUUUACAUUUGAUUUCCAAUCUCACCACCCUCGGAGGACCCGUGAGUUCGGCUUUGUAUGGGAAUCCUGCUGCCGCCGAACAUGGCAUUGUCUUGGCGCAUUAUGGGGGUUCGGCCGUUUCCACCUUUACGGUUUCUGCCGGCGGGAAUUUGACAUUGAAUGAGGAGUUUGUGUUUGAGGAUAUGCCGAGUCCUGGACCGGAUCCGGAGCGCCAGGAUAAACCUCAUCCGCAUCAGGCAUUGUUGGAUCCGACGGGGCAGUAUAUUCUUGUUCCGGAUUUGGGCGCGGAUUUGGUUCGUAUUUUUGGUUGGGAUGUGGCGGAUUUGAAGUUGAAGGAAUUGGAGCCUCUGGUGGCAGACCCUGGCUCCGGUCCACGCCACAUUGCCUUCUGGACCCCCCAAAACAUCCCCGGUGGAACAACAUACAUGUACCUCGUCGAAGAACUUUCCUCUCGCGUGGCCGGCUACGCCGUGCAAUACUCCACCGACUACUCCGGUCUAUCCUUCAACCCCAUCGGCUCCCAAAGCACUCUAGGCUACCACAACCUCGUCCGCCGCAACGCCCCGGCCGAAAUCCAAAUCUCACCCGAUAACAAAUUCCUCCUCGUCUCCAACCGCAACUCCACAGCUUUUACCCUUCCCGACCCCGAAAUCGGCCCCUCGGACUCCAUCAGCACGUUUCAACUCUGCCCCAACACUGGUAGUUUGUCCGCGCGUCAUCAUCAACUCUCUCCCUCGGGCGGUCUCUAUCCUCGACAUUUUGCUACAAAUUCUGCGGGGAAUUUGGUCGCCGCGGCUUUACAACUGAGUGGUUCUGUCGUGAUUUUGGAACGUGAUACUGCGACGGGGUUGAUGAUGUUGGAACCCGUGGCGAGAAUUGCUAUUCCGGCAAAUGUUACGACGGUCAUGUGGGAUGAGGUUGCGAGGAGUGGGGUUACCGGGUUGACGGGCAUGGGGGUGGGGUUGGGGUUUUAGUUGGGAGAAUACGUGUAGGGGGGUGGGUAUGAUGACGAUGACGAUGACGAUGAUGAUGAUGAUGAUCAAGUUCACGAGUGUGAAGAGAGUGAAGAGAGGGAAUAGAGCAGAGAGACAUAUGAGUAUGUACAUACCUG